AUGAUCACUCUGUAUUGCGCAGGGUACCGAUAUUCGUUCGACGUGCGCUUCGUGCCCGUGUGGUUGGCGUACGUAGCGCUGGACGCGUACAUCGCGUUCUACAACUACCGGGAGGCGUUGGGCUACGUGGGCGAAUCGUUCAAGAAGUGUUUCGAAGAGUCGUAUUGCAUAGCCAUCAUCGAGCUGGUCAACCGGAACUGGGGACCGCUAAUGGUACUCGUGUGCCUGAUGUUCGGCGGCCGCCGGCACAAGGUGGUUGCGCUGGCCGGCACCGAACGGACGCUGGCGUUUCUCCGGGACACGGACGCCGCGGACUGGGGAGCCAGCGGCGCGGCCACGGUCCGACUAUCGCCCUGCGUCAAAUACUAUUCGGUGGUCGUGAUCGCCGCAUACAUGACGUGCAUUUUGAUGUACACGACCACCAUACCGUUCCGCGUCACGAUUACGUACGCCUUCUACUCGAUGGGCCAGACGGCCCUCUACAACCUGGCGAUGCUCCAGUACUACGUACUGGAACGCGGUUACGCGCGCGUAAACCGGCUGCUGGAGACGAUAGACAUCUACCGGGACCCGGUAUCGGCCCGCCGACUACUGGCCCGCCUCUCCGACGUCCACGACGAGCUCGGCCGGCUGGUCGACACACUCAACCGGGCCUACGUGCUGUCUCUGUUGUUCAAGUGGCCGUACACCAUAGUGCGGCUCAUAAUGAUCGUGUUCCGGAUCAUCGAACUGUCGGCAGUUGUGCGCAUAGCCGACCACCCGUUCGGCCACUCGGCCGCCAUACUGAUCGUAGAACACGCGGCCGAGAUCGGGCUGUCCCUCUUCCAGCUGUCGUGUUUCAGCACCAUCGGAGAACAUCUUUCUCACCAGGCCGGUCACUUUUCCGUUGUCUUUCGUGUAUUAUCAUUAUUUAUUUAGCGUAGUUGACGCACGAGCUUUUAGCCGACUUCUAAACAGAAGUAUCAAACACACGAGUUAAUGUUUUAGUGAUAACCGUGUACACAACAGGUCUAUACGUAUUAUUAACAUUAUUGUAUUAUACGUUUUAAUAAACAGGCCCAAAGGACUUUGGCGAGUUUACAAAAAUUAAAACUCUCGCGCGGAUAUCAUUUAGACUUGGAAACAAAGAAAAUGGUAAUUGUAAUACAAUGUUACAAUUAAGGUUAAAAUAUCGAUUUUUAAACUAUGGACCGACCUUAUUGUGCAAUUUCAGAUCACUAUAUUUUGGGUACGAGUAAACGCUAGAAAAAUAAAAGCGAACAUCGGCGGAUACAUUAUUAUUGACAUGGACUUUAUCAAGUCAGUGAGUAUUACACGGCGUUUUCACGUUUAUGUCAAAGACGUUUUGACUUGAUGUAUUCUUUCAAACAUACAAAUCACGCCGAACAAUAAAAAUAAACGAGUUCAAACUAUAUAGAGAUCUAAACGUUAAAUUAUAGAUAUUCGAUGUAGUUAUUACAUUGUUCAUAUUUGGCAUAUUUUUGAAGAUGGUUUCGCCAUAAUAAUAUCGAUGGUGUUUUGUUAAAAAGGCGUCUAUCAAAAUUUCACUCAUGUUAGAAAAAAAAAAAUAAUAAAACAGUGAUUUUAGUGAUGUUUAUCAUCGAAAACAAUAAAAUUGCUCGUACGUAUAAUACUUUGUACACGAAGUAUACAUGCAUUGAAUGUGAUAUACGCUUUUUUAAUAAACCAAUGUUGAUUUAAUUGUAUUUUAAAAGGGUACCUGGAUAUCGUUUAAUCGACAUUACCAACUUAAUUUUUUGUAUUUAAAUACGCCCUUUUACCAGUUUAUGCUUCUAAUUUAUCUGAUUUUUUUUUUUUUUCUUUUUGGUAACAAAAACGUAUUUUUCGAUUUUUAGUGGUUAUACUCCCUUUUAACAAAACACCAUCGAUAUUAUAUCAAUUGUUCUAAUAAAUCGGGUUUCAUUAUUUCGAUAAUGAUAAUAUUAUUAUUUUGAUAUUUUCUUUUAGGUAUGCGGUAUCAUCGCGACGUAUUUCUUAGUGUUGAUCCAGUUUAAAUUUCAAAAAGGAAAAUCCAAGCCGUUGCACCAUCUUUGGAAUUGA